GCGUGUGUGGAUGUGUGUGCGCGCGUGUGUGCAUAUGUGUCUGUGGAUGUGCCUGUGUGGUUGUUUCCAUCUUUUUUUUUUUUUUAAAUCCAUAUUGGACCGUUACAUUUAAUUAUAAUCCGGCUUCAGAGAUAACUUAAAGAAGUAUAGAGAGAAAAUUCGUUAUGACAUCUGUCGCCAGAAAGGGCAACUCAUUACCACGUUAAAACCGUUGCCAGAACGAAAAUCAGAAUAAUACCCCUAAUAAUAUAAUGAAGUGGAGAGAAAUCACCACCAGCUCACCAGGAAUUGGGAGUUCUCACUAAAAAGCAGGACUCUCCUUUCUUUCGAAACGCAGGAAAAAGGGGGGGGGGGGGGGGGGAGAAUUUUGGAUCUGAUUCGUUAUUUUAAAAAGAAAGAAAAAUAGGGGUUCAAAAAAAAAAAAGAAGGGAAGGAAGGAAGAAAGGAACAAGCAGGCGGCAAAGAUUUCUCAAUGUGUAACGCUGUAACAUAGGGACGGGACUUGUGUGUAUUCUCGGUAGUUUCCUCUGUUUGAUGACUUUUUUUGUGUGUCAGCCCCAGAUAUUACAGCUGUGAUCAGGAGGUGGAUGGAUAGACGGAUGGCUGGACAGAUAGAUAAAUAGAGAAGGUUUCUUUUUUUUAUUUCAGUGUCUGGAUUCCUUUCGCUUGAUGGUAUUAAGGGCAGGCUGGGCUAUUUAUGAUUUUUUGAGCAGACCUUUAUGGCACUAGCCCAAGGUAGGAAAGGCUCUUUUGUUGCUGGGGUUGCCGCUCGCAGGCUGAGAGGCUUCUGCAGGGGGGAAAGCUAUGCAGGACAACGUGCUUGGAAGACCCGUACCCGGGGGUUUCAAUGACAAACCUCCAGUUUUGGGGUCUUCUUUUCACUUCUUCCUUUCAGAUACGUCAUGACGGAUCAAACAGUUACCGUUUGAUGCAGCUUGGAUGCCUGGAGUCUGUGGCCAACUCGACCGUCGCCUACUCCUCCUCAUCUCCUCUCACUUACUCCACGACGGGCACCGAGUUCGCCUCCCCGUACUUCUCCACUAACCACCAGUAUACCCCACUUCACCACCAGUCCUUCCACUACGAGUUCCAACACAGCCACCCGGCAGUCAACCCCGACGCUUACUCCUUGAACUCUCUCCAUCACUCCCAGCAAUACUACCAGCAGAUCCACCAUGGGGAGCCCACUGAUUUCAUCAACCUGCACAAUGCGCGGGCACUCAAGUCCUCUUGCUUGGACGAGCAGAGGAGAGAGCUGGGGUGCUUAGAUGCUUACCGCCGCCACGACCUGUCUCUUAUGAGCCAUGGAUCCCAAUAUGGGAUGCAUCCAGAUCAAAGACUCCUGCCAGGACCAAGCCUCGGGCUUGCAGCCUCGGGAGCAGACGAUUUGCAGAGCUCAGUGGAAGCCCAGUGUGGACUUGUACUGAACGGGCAAGGAGGUGUGAUAAGAAGAGGUGGCACCUGCGUUGUUAACCCCACCGACCUGUUCUGCUCUGUUCCUGGUCGUUUAUCUCUACUCAGCUCCACUUCGAAGUACAAAGUGACCAUUGCAGAGGUGAAGAGGCGCCUUUCACCACCAGAAUGCCUCAAUGCUUCCCUCUUAGGAGGCAUUUUGAGAAGAGCAAAAUCCAAGAAUGGAGGACGCUGCCUGCGAGAAAAAUUAGACAGACUGGGACUGAAUUUGCCUGCAGGAAGAAGAAAAGCAGCAAAUGUCACACUGUUGACUUCCUUGGUAGAAGGGGAAGCAUUACAUUUGGCCAGGGAUUUCGGCUACACCUGUGAAACAGAGUUCCCUGCCAAGGCAGUAGGAGAGCACAUUGCCAGACAGCACAUGGAACAGAAAGAGCAGACAGCGAGGAAAAAGAUGAUCCUAGCAACAAAACAAAUAUGUAAAGAAUUCCAGGACCUUCUAAGUCAAGACAGAUCCCCCCUCGGAUCCUCCAGACCAACUCCAAUAUUAGACCUCGACAUCCAGAGACAUUUAACACAUUUCAGUUUGAUCACUCAUGGUUUUGGAACUCCUGCAAUAUGUGCUGCCCUAAGCACUUUCCAAACUGUUCUCAGUGAAAUGCUGAACUACUUGGAAAAGCACACAUCGCACAAAAACGGAGGAACGGCAGAAUCCGGCCAAGGACACGCCAACUCGGAGAAAGCCCCCCUGCGGAAAACUUCAGAAGCUGCUGUGAAAGAGGGCAAAACAGAAAAGACAGACUAGCUACAUCAAACAGAAUCUAUUUCGAGAGAGUCUUGCUGCUGAUAUUUUUUUUAAAUAUAUAUAUCAUUGAGGGCAAUUUAUCUCCAGUGGACCAAAUCCAAAAAAGGGGAAAAAAAAAAAGAAAGAAAGAAAGAAAAAUCAAAUAAAAAGAAAAUAGGAAAAGAUUAAAGCAGAGAGAAAGAGAGAGAAUGAGAGGAAAGCAUUCAAUCUUAAGAACAGCAGUGUACAGUAAUUGUGUGAUGAAAUUGUCACUUUUUAAAAAUUUAUGUUGCUCUAAACUACUUUUUCGUGCACGUAGUAUUUGAUUGUUCUGAAUGAUACACUAACACUGUUUUUUAUAAACACUUCUGGACUUGGCUGAGGUGGCACAUGAAAUUUGAAGCACUUUCUUCUCCAGCAGCAGAAUUAGGGCCAGUGCUUCGGUUGUGGGACAUGCAGUUCCAGUAUCCUGACUUUGUUUGCAUGCUGGACAGAUUGAAAGAAGGGCUUCCUUUGAUCCAUCGGAAUUGCCUGAUCUACUCACCAUUGGGAAAACAAUAUGGAAACCUGGCAAAAGAGGAAUUCUUGGGCCGUGGGACAAAUGAACUGUUCGGUGCUGGGGGCUACUCAUCCCCAUGUGGGAAUGUUCAAUAAAGCUGCACUGGAAUGAGGCCAGAACCUCUUAGGAAUCUGCCCUCAAGCAGCAGCCAUGGUGUCUUUUUUUAAAAGAGAGUGACAGACAAAAGUGGAAAAAAAAAACAAACAAAAAACAACCCAACCUCAAUAGUUUCAAUAAAAGCCCUCAUCCCUCUGUGAACUUCAGAUUAAAUGACAGCAUGGGCUUCUGUCCUCUGUCUUCUCAGCCCCUGGUCCUAUAACACUGCAGUCUGCCAUACCUGUGUCUCUAUUUAACAGGAUCAAUUCAGGCAAUUGGAGCCAUCUUUUUUGUUGCCUUGAUUUUAUGACGCUUUCUUUUCUUCAGCUUAUUUCUGCAGCUUUAUUGUCUUUAGGAAUCCAGCUGAGGUGUAGAGAUCUAACAGAAUCCACUCAUUUUCCAACAAGAAAACAAAAUAAAACAAAAUCAAAACAACAAAUUAGACAGAUUGGCUUAGUCCACAGCAUCUAAGUGGUAAUAUACUUUUGAAAUAUUACUUUACCACUCAUCCUCACAGAGAAAACAUUGGAGACAUAGAUUCAGCUCAAGAGGCUUUUUCCAGCCACAUUCUAACUUCUUCAACAAGAAUUUUAUUCCAUUACUUUUCUUGUUCCUCUGACAUCACUUUAUUGAGAAAGUUAGGAAGGACUGGAGUUACAGGAUGGGGUCAUACUGGCCAUCUAAACUCCUUUUAAGAUCAGCAGAAUCAGAAUUUUUCUUCCAAGGGACAGUUCAUCUCUGUGGUAGGAAAUAGCACAGCUGUCUACAUGUAAGUGUUCAGACCACUUUGAGAUGUUUUAGAGUAUCUAAGACAGUCACAGAGUUUUGACCAAAAUAACACGAAACCUAAAGGAGGACUGGACUCACCUGAGGAGGAACUGGAGGGUACCAGAAGAUAGCACUAGAUACCCAUGGGUGGCCUCUUGAUUGGCACACCAAGUGUCGAGGAUAGGUAGAAGGGAUCAUCUGAAAGUGACUGUCAUUCUUCACAGAGGAAAGCUGGAAUAAGACAGUGACAUUUUGCACUGUAAAUGACUGCAACUGGAUUAAUCAUCCUCCUCUCCCUAUAAUCAGCAGAGAGAAAAAGGCUCUUACAGUAUGCAGUUUAUCUCACCUUAAAGCAGCGAUGAAUCAUACCCUAAAAGUAUGUACUUUUUCUCAAUUAUAUAUAAAGGAAGCCAAGGAUAAAAGCGCUCAUACAUGUAUACAUCACAGCUUUCUAGAGUCAGUUAACAUGCAUUGCAUUUUGAAUGACCAGCUUUAGACUAACCUAGGGACUUUGACAAAUAUCUGAGAGCAUUUACAGCCAUAAUGUAGGGUGUCAAAUUGAAUUAACAAAAUCAGCCUCACCUUCCAAACGCAUGGAAGGAAAACCAGCACUUAUGGCAUAAUGCUUUUCCCCUUGAGGUCAGUAAGGACAUUGCCAUCAUGGUGAGGAAACACGACAGGAAUACUGAGUCCUUAUUUGCUUGUAUUAAAAAAAAAAAAAAAAAAAAAAAAGGAAAAAAGGAAAAAAGAUAUCCCAUGAUUUUGCCUAGAUUUGUCCUUUCUUACAGAGGUAUGUAACUGAGAUACCUACUUUAGUGCUAUUUAGGCACCCUGUAUGCAUUGAGGGAAAUAGGUGUAUCUCCACAGGACUCCACCUCCUUAACACACUAUCAGCUAAGUGCCUAGCAGAAAUUAGACUUUACAGAAUGAAUUUUUCACUCCAGUACCUCUGGAGAAGUACUAAAAUCAAAUGAAUGAUCCUCAGAGAUAUCUUUGACAGAAAUAUUGUGGGACUGUUCUAGAACAUGAAAUACUUGAGUGUGAAAAUAUGUGACCACCGUUAAAAGUGAAAAGGUAGAUCAUUCUGCUUCUUCCAUUGACCAAACUGAGAGGGAGAAAAGGAGAGAGGGGAAAAUCAGAAGCUGACUGUCAGAUAUGCAGAUUUACCACAUCAAAAUGUAGUGUAAAUCGAUUUAAUUGUGGUCCUCUGCUUCAAGAUAUAGAUAAAUUUAAAUUAGAUUUUGUUGGAGGGGAAAAAGAAAAGAAAAAAGUUUUUUAAAUCUAUUUAGAUAUUCGUCUCUAAAAUAUCAACCUUCUGGAGAAGGGGGAAUGUCUGGUUGGGAAGAUUAUUCUGUGAAAAUGUUGAGAAAGCAGCAUUUUAUUACAAUGAAAUUCAGAUGUCUCAUACUGGAAAAAAUAUGUAUACACCUAUAUUUGAAAUAUUUACCUAUUCAGGAUAUGGUAAAAGAUCCCAACAAUAA